AUGUCAAAUCUUUGGAAUUCAUUCGAAGUUUACAACAAGAAGAAACAUUCUUCGCAGCCUGGCAUGCGCGGUGGUAAUCAUUCCAACGUUGGAGAUACUAGGACUACAGUCCAAUAUGCUUCUGAAAGGUACGAGCGACGUGGUUCGACAGCAUCUGAGUCAUCUACAACCAGCAAUGAAGAGACACCACAAAUGGUUGAUAUUUCAAAACUAUCUCAAAACGAAUUCAAGAGACUUUAUGAGAGCACUAGGAAGGGAGAACCAAAUAAUAGAGUAAAUUUUUAA